AUGGCCCCCGAUCUCACGUCCACACGUCGGCCUCGUGCUGCUACUUCCGUAUUACCCACGAUGUUGCCUACCAUGGGGCCACCUUCACCUAGACACACUCGAGGUGCCAGUAUGGCAGCUACCAGUCCCCCGCUCGGGACCAGUGAGCCGGGUAUUACCAGCACGGCGCAAGGGCCGCUGCGACACCCGAAACCACUUACACCCUCGGAUCUUCAUUUGGUGCUGGAGAAGGAGCAGGAGGCGAUGGUCAACCGGUUGACCCGAGAGCUCUCCCUUCUUCGCCAACAGACUGUAUCCGUGAAUUCCACGGCAUCCUCCGCCUCAAAUCUGACUGAGCCUGACGGGCUACACGCAUCCCCGUCGUUGGGCAGCUCCACCACCUCCCACGUCUCCCGACGACAGCGAUCGUCGUCCAGUCUCAGCUCUCAUACCCCUGCAGCCCAGAGCGCCCAAGCUGCGAGCGUAAGCGGGAUUGCCCCGUCUCGCGACACUAGCCAUCCAUCGCGAUCAACAGAGCAUGCCCUGCCUCGCACAAUUCGGAGCCGCGAACCAUCUGUGACUUCUCGUCGCCCAUCCGUCGGAUCUCUACCCUCUUCACAAUAUCCCCACGGUGACCCGCUAUCUCACUACGGCAGCCCAUCGAUCUAUCCGCAUCGAAGCUCUGUCUCACAGACUCAUCUCGGACUGUCGAGCGGCUCAAGUUCCAUGGCGCGGUACGAGGAGGCUACUAUUCAUCGAUCGGAGCUGGAAUCCAUGAAACGGGAGAAUGAGCAGCUACGGCGCCGUGUGCGGGAGCUGGAAAACACACUGAAACAGCAGAAGGAAUCGCCAGUCGAGUGA